GCUCGCCGGGAAGUUGCGCCUGGUCGAAUUGCAGCCUCGUAAGUGAGGCGGCGGCCGGGGAAGUUGGGAGGGGCCGCUCCGGGAACGCAGCCUUCCCGUAAGAGCCUCAAGGAAGCAGAAAAGAGAGGCGCCGUCCUGCGCUCCCGGGGGGGCCCGGAAAGCCUCCCCUAGCGAAAGCGCUCAUCUCUUUGGAAACAAGCUCUUUUUUGGCUGCGAGAAAGCGGAGGACCUGGGCGAGGACUCGAGGGACGAGGUGACAGACGAGGGGAGGGCGUAGCGGGCCUUGGGGUCCCCUGUAGAUUGUCGUUCGGCGGACACUCGAGGCUUUUGAGCACUGCCGGGGACACGGAGGGAGCAGACGCGGGGUCCGAAGGCCGUCUCCUCAUCUCCCGACCGCGGGCUGGGCGAUGUCCAGGGGCCCGGGCUCCACGGUCCUACCCCCUGCUCUAGGGUCCCGGAAGCCCGCCCCCCGGAGCCUCAGCUGCCUCUCGGACCUGGACGGUGGCGUGGCCCCAGAGCGGCGGCCCUGUAGGCCCCCGGGGAGCCCGGGCCACGCACCGCUACCGACGCCGGCGCCGUCGGGCUGCGACCCCCGCCUGCGGCCCAUCAUCCUGCGGCGGGCGCGCUCGCUGCCCAGCUCCCCCGAGCGCCGCCAGAAGGCCGCGGGCGCGCCGGGCGUUGCGUGUCGGCCGGGCUGCAGCCGGCAGCUCCGCGUGCGCUUCGCCGACGCGCUAGGACUGGAGCUGGCGCAGGUCAAGGUGUUCAACGCGGGAGACGACCCAUCCGUGCCGCUGCACGUGCUGUCGAGGCUCGCCAUCAACUCGGACCUGUGCUGCAGCAGCCAGGACCUGGAGUUCACCCUGCAGUGCCUGGUGCCCGACUUCCCGCCGCCUAUCGAGGCCGCCGACUUCGGUGAGCGCCUGCAGCGGCAACUCGUGUGCCUGGAGGGCGUCACCUGCUCCGACCUGGGCAUCAGCGGUACUGUGCGAGUGUGCAAUGUGGCCUUUGAAAAGCAGGUGACAGUGCGUUACACCUUCUCAGGCUGGCGCAGUGCACACGAGGCAGUGGCCCGGUGGCGUGGGUCUGUGGGCGCAGAGGGCACCGAGGAUGUCUUCACCUUUGGCAUACCAGUGCCGCCCUUCCUGCUGGAGCUCUGCUCUCGCGUGCACUUUGCUCUGCGCUACCAAGUGGCAGGUGCCGAAUACUGGGACAACAAUGAUGGCCACAACUACAGUCUCACAUGUCGCAACCACGCGCUGCACAUGCCCCGCGGAGAGUGCGAGGAGAGCUGGAUCCACUUCAUCUGAGUCUCACCUAAGCCGCACCUGCAGUCGUUUCCUGGCUGGGCUCUCACAUCUAGGUGGUUGUUCUUCCGCACUCUUCACCGCAUCCAAGUUGUGUGACCUCGCUUCCUGCUGCAAGGCCCCUUGGCAGUGGCCCGUCUUGUCUUCUACUUGAAAAGUCUGUGUCACUUGGUCUAAAACAAUAUCUGCAGGUGGCCAGAAGGCCGAGCUGAGUUGUGUAACGUGUUGGGGGAGGAUGCUGGGUGGAUAGGUGCAUGGGAGGGUUGGCCCCCUCUGCGGAGGGUCCAA